CUUCUGGUCGUGGUCAUCCAACUGGCUCCGGUACGCUCUCGUCGAACGAUUCGCCGCCCCAGGGACACUACCGAGCAGCCACAAUGCAGUCUGCCGGUUCAGCAUUCCGAUCGUGCCUUCGCCAGGUUCAGAGCCGGUCCUUCUCGGUCUCCACGGCCUGCCAACUGCCCCGCAACGUCAAGCACCUGAAUCUCCAGCCCCGCAUCCCCAGCGAGGACCAGCUCCUGCGUCCCACGUCCGAAAAGAUCCAGUACCCCUUCUACCCGCCUCCGAGACAGCGCACGCCCGAAGAGCGGCUUGAGCAGAGGCGCCUGCCGAAGCGAACGCUCGCCGAGAUCCGCGGAGCACCCCUGCCGACCAGCUUCAAGUAUGCCGCCGAGGAGCUCGCGCACCAGAACCCAGAACCCAUUACCGACAUCGGCCACUACAACUACAAGUACUACCAGGUCUCCCUCGAGCGAGGUCUCAUCGGCCUCUCCAAGAAAACUCGGGACUUUGUUCGUGCGCUGGGUCUGCGACAUCGGCACCACGUCGUCUGGCUCCGGGUGGGUCCGCGAUCGGCCGGUGCGAUCCUCAAGAUCCGCGAGCUCCUCAAGGUCGACCUUGUGAACGAGAUCCCGAAGCGGGUUAAGGCUCCGUCUGGAUACAAGAAGCUCGGAAACAUCAUCGGAUCGCUUCAGGGCAUCCAUGGUCUGUGAUGAGACCGCACUUUGAGCUGUGCUCUGUCGCUGCAAGCAGGCGGAAUCAUACGCCGCUCCCCAAUCCUAUGGCCCUCCAUGCCAUCGUGGCAGCAUCGUGGCAGCAUCGUGGCAGCAUCGGUAUACCGCUCCUCCCCACGUUGCUCUCCUCCUCAUCUGGAGCUGCACACGUCGCACCGACCACAAUACACAUGCAUUUCCACGAUUCUUGAGGCUUUGGAUAUCCGUACAGUCGAUGCUGUGGC